GCCCAAACAUUCGUGAUUGGACCAAAGAAGCCCGCUUGAAGGCCGGUGUCUUGGUUCACUUGCAAACAGACUACCCAGUGGUCCGAAAAGACAGUAAAGCCAAGCCAAAAAAGGACGAGAAAGAGGGAGAGUCAAUGUGGGAGAGGCUCAAUGCCAGGAGGAAAAACCAGUUUGUUGGAGGGUGUGCACCAUCAAGGCCCUGACAGACUGGUCCCUGCAUCAGACACAGAAGAGAACUCGCCGCACUCCUUCGUCUCCUUAUCACCAAGGUUCGGUCUGAAACAGAAGAAGAUGCCUCUUCAGUCCACUCUGUCCGGCAGGAGCGCCGACUCGAUCAAGGCUGAGAACACGCAGAUGAACGGGAAGUCUUUUGAGCAGCUGAGGGAUGAAUGUCUGCAGAAAGGAGUCCUGUUUGAGGAUCCAGACUUCCCUGCCACAGACUCAUCGCUCUUCUUCAGCCAGAGCAUUCCUGUUGAUAUCAAAUGGAAGAGGCCUCGGGAGAUAUGUCAGAACCCAAAGUUCAUCGAAGGCGGUGCAGACAGGACGGACAUUUGCCAAGGACAGCUUGGAGACUGCUGGCUGCUGGCAGCCAUCGCUUCUUUAACCCUGAAAGAAAAUGCUUUGGCCCGGGUCGUUCCCAAAAACCAGGAAUUUGACCACAAAUACGCCGGCAUCUUUCACUUCCAGUUCUGGCAACACAACAAAUGGCUGGAUGUGGUGGUGGACGACAGACUGCCGGCAGUGAGAAAUCAACUCAUCAUGCUUCAUUCUGCUACUAACAAUGAGUUCUGGAGUGCCUUGCUGGAGAAAGCCUACGCCAAGAUGCAUGGCAGCUACGAGUCCCUGAAGGGCGGCAGUACAAUGGAGGCCAUGGAAGACUUCACUGGUGGAGUGGGAGAAGUUUAUGAAACCAAGAAUGGGCCAAACGACCUUUUCUCAAUCAUGAAAAAGGCCCUGGACAGAGGCUCCAUGAUGGGAUGUUCUAUUGAUGUAAAUCUUUGUCACAUUUUUAUUUUAUUUGUUUCUAACUUCUUCUCCUCAAAUAUGAUGAGUAGGAAGUGCUUCAGUGUGGUUAACUUUUCGGUGAUUUGGUGUUUUUUGCAGACCACCAGCUCUGCAGAGUCUGAGGCCAGGACGAGCACAGGUCUGGUGAAGGGACAUGCAUACUCCAUCACGGGACUGGAGGAGGUGAAUUUCAGAGGUCAGACCAUCAAGCUGAUCAGAAUCAGAAACCCCUGGGGUCAGGUUGAGUGGAAUGGACCGUGGAGUGAUAACUCCAGAGAAUGGGAUUAUAUUGACAAAUCAGAAAAAAAUCGCAUACUGCAGAUUUCAGAUGACGGUGAAUUCUGGAUGGAGUUUGAGGACUUCAAGAGGAACUAUGACAAAGUGGAGAUCUGCAACUUGACUCCGGACUCUCUGACCGAUGACACAAAACAUCGGUGGGAGGUCAAAAUGUUGGAAGGAAACUGGAUUCGUGGCUCCACAGCUGGAGGCUGCAGGAACUACAUAGACACUUUCUGGACCAACCCACAGUUCAAGCUGGAGCUUCAGGAUGCUGAUGAUGAUAAUGCGUGCAGUGUGGUGGUUGCUCUCAUGCAAAAGAACAGACGGAAGCUUAGGAAAGAAGGUCUGGACCUGGAGACCAUCGGCUUUGCUUUGUAUGAGGCUCCAGAUGAUGAUGAUCAUUUGGGGAAGGAUUUCUUCCGUUACCAUCCAUCAAAGGCUCGUAGCAGGACCUACAUUAACAUGCGGGAGGUGACGGAACGCUUCGCUCUGCCUCCUGGAAAAUACCUGCUGGUCCCCACUACCUUCCAGCCCCACCACGAGGCUGACUUCCUCGUUCGCAUCUUUUCUGAGACGAAGGCAGAUGCUAUAGAGAUGGGAAGCAACGUUGAUGCUGACCUGCCAGCUCCGCCCAUGCCCAGCGCCCCAGAGGAGGAGUCAGAUGAAGAGAGAGGUCUGCGGAGGCUGUUUGAGAAGUUGGCUGGUCCGGACGAGGCCAUCUCUGUCAGAGAGCUUCAGCAGAUGCUGAAUGGCGUUCUCAGCAGGCGAAAGGAGAUCCAAUUUGAUGGUCUGAGCCUCAGCACCUGCCACAGCAUCAUCAACCUGAUGGAUGUGGACAACACAGGAAAACUGGAGUUCCAAGAGUUUAAGGUGUUCUGGGAGAAGAUGAAGAAGUGGAUUAUGCUCUUUCUGUCCUUCGACACCGACCGUUCAGGGAAGAUGUCAUCCUAUGAACUUCGCAAUGCUCUCAAAGCUGCAGGCAUGCAGUUGAACAACAGGCUCCUGCAGCUGAUUGGUUUGAGAUUUGCUGAUGACAACUAUGACAUUGACUUUGAUGACUACCUCACCUGCAUCGUCCGUCUGGAGAACAUGUUCAGAGCUUUUCAGGCCAUGGACAAAUUCAACAGGGGACGGGUGAAGAUGAACAUCAUGCAGUUCCUCAUGCUGUCGAUGAAUGUCUGAGGGGUUCCGGUCCCUGGUAGUGGCGCGAUACAUGGAGCUCAUUUAGCUGGAUCCCUGACAGUGAUGCCUUCCUUUUCCAUAUUCUAGAUCAACAUCUCUUCCCUUUCUUUAACAAAACAAUGUGAAAUGCUGCCUGGUGUUCAAAUGCGGUGGGUUAAACUCUGAAUUUAGCUGACUUUGAGCUUUUGACCAAAAUCCUUAUAUUUCCCUAUUUGCUGCAUCAAUGCAUAUAAUUUUUCAGAUGAGAAAAGACUUGGUCACUGUUGAUCUGUGUGUUAUUCUACAAAGAACUGUUUGUAAUAAACACAUUUUUUCUUGUU